AAAUUAUAUUCAACGAUAUGCAGAUACGGUUUUUAUAUUUGCUGGAGUUAAUACAUUUAUGAUGAGAUAACCAGCACGAAAGUUCUGAAUAAUCGAGCCUAAAAUAGUAUGAAACUUCAGUUUUUUGCAACAUUUCUAGUUUUUGGUUUAACUCUGGUGACAUCCAAUAAUAGAGUAAGCUCUUAUAGACUUCUCACUAUCAAAAUUAUUGAAAAAUGUAUAUUGCAGGUAAAACGAAUUGUUAAUGGUCAAGAUGCUUCAAAAGCUGAAUAUCCACAUCCCUGGUUUGUUAUCCUCAAAAUUGGUGAAUACCUCAAAUGUGGUGGUUCCAUCAUUGACAAAUUUUGGGUCCUUACCGCUGCUCAUUGUGUUCAAAAACUGACAUCAUUAACUCUUUUAUUUGGCACUGAAUAUAACGACGAUUAUACUAUUUCAAUGACUGUCUAUGAGAAGAACUUUUUCAUACACCCAGAGUACAAUAAUGCGACACUUCAUAAUGAUGUGGCAUUGAUUAAACUGCCAUAUUCUUUGAAUUUUUCUGAAAAUGUUCUUCCCAUUAAACUUGUACCUGAUCAGAAUAACAGUUUUGAUGGAAAUCUUGCCUACAUCUAUGGGCAUGGUAUUACAGAUGAUUAUUAUCCAAGUGAUUUUUCAAAAAGUCUGCUAUACGCUCUUGUAACUGUUAUUUCUAACAAACAAUGUCAAGAUGAACUUAAGGACUAUGAGAUUGUCAAUUCGACUCUUUGUACAAAAGGUUUUGAAGGCAACUAUGCAAGCAUUUGUAAUGGCGAUUCAGGUGGACCAAUGGUAACAAAAUAUUCUGAUAAUGAAUUUAUUCAAAUUGGAAUAAAUUCAUUUGUGACAAUAGACAAUUGUAUGUUGGGCUUACCAUCAGGCUAUGCUCGAGUUUCUUCGUAUUUAGAAUUUAUUUAUAAAACAGCUCAAUUGAAUAUUGAUAAUAAUCCGCCAGAUGAUUCUGAGCGCUACUAUCAAGGUUUACUAUGUGGAACAUUACUAUUUUUAGUAAUACUUUGCAACCAUUUGGAAUAUCGAAAACAGAAGAGAAAAGUACCAUAUGAUCUUGUUGGAGAACCCAUCGAACAGACAUUCCCAAAAAAGGUUUUAACUUUUUUAUAUGAUGGUUCAACUAAAUUUUUACUUCAGACUAGUGUAUUUUUAUACAUGAUUUAUUUGGUGUAUGUGGUAUAUGGUGAAGAUUUUAUAAAUAUUGUGGAACCUUUGAUUUUAUUUAAAUAGUUAAAAAGAAAAAUAUAAGUUGAAUAAAACUACAAAA